CGCGGCGUACGCGCUGGAUGGCUAGAUCUGGUCCUGAGGCGCAGCGGUUUUGGCGCCGCAAGCGACGUGCACGCGUCCACGGCCCAGAAAUGGUGUCUGUGAGCGCUGCGUGAGCUCUUCUUCGUCGCUAGGUACUUGUGCGAGGCGUUGUCGCCGCGUUAUGCAUGCAUGCGUGUGCCUCCGCUGCGAGAGCCCCAGCCUCGCUCUCAAAGCGUGCGCUACUUGCAAGCGCUUCCGCUGCAAACGAAGCGUCGAAUUCUACGCAAUACGUCGAUACGGAGCAAUAAAGGCCAAAAACUUUGACCGCCGCGGCAUCCGUGCUGCACAACACCACAACACAAGAGCGGCCUGCAGGCGCCGCGUAUAACAAGAGAUGGGCCGCCUCCUGCGCCAGCGCAUCCACAAACAAAGAGCGAAACGCAGCGACCUCAAAUCUCUACGAAAGUGGCUUCAUAUGAGAGGCGCGAUGUGGUCGCCGAAGGUCACGUACAGCACUCGUUGUAUUGCCGGUUUUGGACUCAUAGCGACGAAACCUCUGACGAAGGGCGAGGUGCUGUUUGUUGCUCCUAGAUCUGCUUGUUUGGUGUCGCGAAAAGACCGGGGCGACACGCAGCGCCGCGCCGCUACCAAACUCAUAAAGGAAGCGAGGAAGAAGUCGCGAUCGAAGUGGCGGCCUUUUUUACGUACUUUGAAACCGGCGCCCUGCCCCUGGACCUGGAAUGCAAAGGACCGCGCUUUAUUACAGGGCACGGAGCUCGAGGCGGUCGUCCAGCUGAAGGUCGCGCGCUUGGAUGCGGAAAGACGACUGGUGGAGGAGGUUUUGAAGGAGAGAGUCUCGCGGCGGACCUACGCCCACGCGUGUGCUAUUGUGGCAAGCCACGCGAACCCCUGGUUCGGGCGGUCAUUAACGCCCUUCAACUGUACAUUGAAUUAUUCGAAGGAGGACCAUAUCACCUUCGACGAGGACGAGGAUCUAGUAAUCGGGCGCGCGAGAUUUGACACGCACGCGGGCGAGCUCUUCCAGACGUACGCCUGGGCUCAUACUGAUUUGAUAUACCGGUACGGUUUUGUACCAGAGAGUGAUGAGCUGCUCCCCGAGGACGUCGUGUCUAUUGCCAUUAAUGAUGUGAUGAGCGCGUGCGACUGCGAAGACUCACCGGUGGCCCGGCUGUUAUUGCUGGCGAACGCGUGUGACGAGGCGCCCUACGACGGUCUCGAUGAUGUCUUGACUUGUGAAAUCGGUGUUGCUGGCGAGGGUCUAGGACGACUGGUAGCGUGCUGCUUCGCCUUGAACGCGAACCAUAUCGCACUCAUCCCGAAACUCAAACGCUCGCCACCUUCAGGUGAUGCGGACUCGGACGCGUGGGCGGCUUGUUUAGCCGCGGCCAUGGUCGAUGGUGGUGUGCAUGAAGAUAUGAAGCCGAUCGCAGAGACGCACGGCGGCGACGACCGCGACCCCUGGCCCCGGCUGCUCGAGAAGUGUCAAGAGUUGGACGCCCAGUGCUUCGACGACGCCGUCGACAUCGCGCGGCUGUGCCUGGAGGCGCGGCGCAACGCCGUCGCGGAGGCGCCGCUGCGCGACGUCCUCGCGUUACGGGAGGGCGAAGAUGAAGUCGUGGUCCAAAUCGCGCCGCCGGCGCCGCCGGGGUCGCCGGCGUAUUUAGCAAGGCGGCUCAAGAGCGUCGAGCGGCGGCUGCUGGACGGCGCGCUCGCGGUGCUGGCGCGGCGCGGCGCCGCGGAGGUGCUUCCCUAACUUUAUCAUCUAGG